CUCACCUUGCGAGCAGCACAGCUGUCAAAAUCCUCAGCUAUGGAUCAGUUUUUAACUCCCUGACCCGGCUAUGUGGAAGGCCGAAACGAGCCACACGCCCAGGCACAUCCCUCCGCCCUUCAAGGUCUUCCAGGAGGACAGCGAUGGUGAAGAAGUGGAAGUGGAAGUAGAAGUCGAAGUCGAGGUGGACGAGGAGGCAUUGGAGCCACUGGAGCCACCGGAGCCACCUCCGCCGCCGUGGAGGCAGAAGGACACGCGGCAAGCGCGGCCGACCGCGAAGACUGUGAGCGCAGCCACAGGCGCCACAGGCGCUACAGGCCAACGACCUACCACAAAUCGUUCUUUGGCCAAACGUAGUGCGGUUGAGUUGGCUCAACGUGAGGCCUGCAAGGUAGUGACACAGGAAGAGUCCGUGACUGCCAAGGAAAAGACAAAAGGUGGCAAGGGCAAAAGUAAUGUCCAAAGUGCCAGAGGAGGUGUCUUAAUGGGUGCACGGGCCAAAGGGGCCAAAUGCAAGGGCAAAACAAGGGCCGCCCAAGGCGGCAAAGAACGUGGUGGCACUGGCCUUGCCGAAGUGCUGAGUGGCAAAGCUGGAAAUGGCGAGGAGGCAAACAUUUCCGCGAAGGAAGAGCCGAAAAAGCCACAGGCUGGCAAAGGCCAAAAAUUAAGGUUGCCAAGACCCAAAGUCCCCAAGCCGAAAGCCUCCGAGAUGUUGCAGGUCAAGUUACCAGAGGUGCAGCCUACGCCUAAGCGGCGUCUGGCUCCGAAGGUGCCGAAGGAGCCUGAGGCACCGUUCAUGGAACUGCCAGAGGAGCCAGAGACUACGGGCUUUGAGGAGCUGGGUGACCUUGCUGACCGAUGGAACACUGAUACCUUUCAUGAGGAGCAGGAAACAACAGCGGCUAUGGACCACGUGUUGGAUAUGGAAGAUGCCAAGAAUAUGGAGCACUCUUUUGAGGAUCCCAUCGAGGACUAUCCCGAGGAGCCGCUGAUCCUCCCCAAGCGCACCUCUCUCAUCGCAGAACUGUUGACGGACUUUGGAUGCUUCAAACAGAGAAAAUGCUGACGUCGAGAUCCGUGGACGUUUACAAGGAAGGGCCUCGGGACGUCCGACAGGUUGGACACAUGCUGCGCCGCUGUGUUGCGGCCACGGUGUCCUUUCAAAAG